GGAGAAUAGGGCCGGCCAUCCCUUUGCUAUGGCUUCGCCGUCUUAGGAAACGCAAAUUCGCUAACGGUAGAGAUGGCGACCAGGAUGUCAUGUGCUAACGUAACAUAGCCAAAGCGAUGUUUCUUAAAUUAUCAAUCGGAUGAAGAGUUCACCAUAUUGAUUUCAAACUAACUGAAUAACCAGACACUAUGGAGGAACCGUGGGAUUUUGAGUUUUUGUCCCGCAUCGCUGACAGCUGCUUGUCGUUCCUAUCCGAAUUUGUUGACGACUGGCUCGCCAACGAUAUGAGAGUCUCCAUAUUCAAAAUCUUACUCAGCUGGUUAAUUUUUAGUCUUAUCGCAAUUCAUUUUGCAUGGAAAGUAUACGGAAAUACAGUCAACGACAUGUAUUAUCGACAAGGGACUGGACAGAACGGAGGCACACCUGAUACAGCACCUCACCUGAGUGGAUGGGAAAGUAAAGCAGGAGAUCCCCCCAAGACUCAUCGAGAUUAACAGAACAAUGGUGUUGGACUUUGGAUUCAAUCCAAAUGAGAGCUGGACUCCUGCAUUUUGCUUAUCAUAAACUAUCUUCUGGUGACUGCCCAGAGAAACAUCUGUUAUGCAUACCAACCGUGUCAUACUGAUAUCAGCUAAAUCAACUAGUAAUGUGAGAUAUUUAUUUUGGCUUGUCAACAUUUGUCAUUGAGCAGAACUUUACUCCACAUACAUACUCAUUUUUGCUUUGAUCCCCCCCUCCCCAAGAGGCUUCAGUACAAAUAUGAAAACAAUUGAUGGGUUUGUGUGUAAAUGAAGGUUGCUUUAAGAACACUAUGAUGAUAGCACACAUACCAAUGUUCCAUUCUGACCAUGAGCAAAAGAAUUGAGACUUGAUUUGAAUGAUGAAAGGGACAAUAGACAGUAUUUUUCAAAUUUUUUGAAAUACAGAUUUAUGAAAAUCAGUUCAUAUCUUUCAUCUUCCAAGAUUUUGUUGUGCAAUUUUAACCACUGUGUUUUUCUACAACGUAUAAGGAGCAUUAUUUGAACUUAAUGAGUCAUAAUGAGAGUGCCUGUCUAGAGUAUUCACCCCCCAUUUGACUUUGUCCUGUUUCAACAUUGACUCACAGCAAUCUCUUGUGUUAAAGUGAAAACAAAUCUUUACAACAAAUCAAAAAAAGGUUCAGUUAUAAAAUACAGAACUCAUGAAACAAACACAAUUCACCCAGUUAAUGACACACCUCAUUUGCACACUUUGAAUGAAAACCAUCUAAGUUGUGACAGAUAAUUUUACAUUAUGUAUCUGAAAAGACCAUCAGCUGGUCAAUCCAUUUCUUGGCAAAAAACAAAUCAUGAAGACAAAGGAACAUUCUUAAGAAAUCUAAAACAAAGU